ACCUAACAUUGCUCGGUUCCGACUCGGCUAAGUGACCACAGUUCUUUUCGGGCCAAUAACAUGGCUACGGGACAGCUAUUUUCACGCAACACACAAGCGUUGUUCUACAACUAUAAGCAGCUUCCCAUUCAACGGAUGCUUGAUUUUGAUUUCCUAUGUGGGCGAGAAACUCCUUCUGUUGCUGGUAUCAUUAACCCAGGUUCCGAGGGAUUCCAAAAGCUAUUUUUUGGUCAGGAGGAGAUCGCCAUCCCUGUCCACGCAGCCAUUGAGGCAGCAUGCGCUGCGCAUCCCACAGCUGAUGUAUUCAUCAACUUCGCAUCGUUUAGAAGUGCUGCUGCUUCAUCCAUGGCUGCUUUGAAGCAGCCAACUAUUAAAGUAGUGGCCAUAAUAGCAGAAGGUGUUCCGGAGUCAGACACUAAGCAGUUGAUUGCUUAUGCUCGUGCUAACAAUAAGGUUAUUAUUGGACCAGCUACUGUUGGAGGCGUUCAAGCUGGAGCCUUUAAAAUUGGUGACACUGCUGGAACUAUUGACAAUAUCAUCCAGUGCAAGUUGUACAGACCUGGAUCUGUUGGCUUUGUCUCAAAAUCUGGUGGCAUGUCUAAUGAAAUGUACAAUACCAUUGCCCGUGUGACAGAUGGAAUCUAUGAAGGCAUUGCUAUUGGUGGGGAUGUGUUCCCGGGCUCAACUUUAUCUGACCAUAUCCUGCGGUUUAACAACAUCCCACAGAUUAAGAUGGUGGUUGUACUUGGAGAGCUUGGAGGAAGAGAUGAGUAUUCUCUAGUUGAAGCCAUGAAACAGGGAAAAGUGACCAAACCAGUGGUUGCUUGGGUCAGCGGGACUUGUGCACGUCUCUUCAAGUCCGAAGUACAAUUUGGUCAUGCAGGGGCCAAAAGUGGUGGAGAGAUGGAGUCUGCACAAGCCAAGAAUCAAGCGCUAAAAGACGCUGGAGCUACUGUACCCACUUCAUUUGAAGCCCUAGAGUCUGCAAUCAAGGAAACUUUUGACAAAUUGGUUGAAGAGGGAAAGGUCUCUCCUAUUAAGGAGGUCACUCCUCCACAAAUCCCUGAAGAUCUCAGCUCUGCAAUUAAGAGUGGGAAAGUACGGGCUCCUACUCACAUCAUCUCCACCAUUUCUGAUGACAGAGGGGAGGAACCAUGCUAUGCUGGUGUGCCAAUGUCAUCCAUCAUUGAACAGGGUUAUGGCGUGGGAGAUGUCAUUUCUCUCCUAUGGUUCAAACGUAGUCUUCCUCGUUAUUGUACCAAAUUCAUUGAGAUAUGCAUAAUGUUGUGCGCUGACCACGGUCCAUGCGUCUCUGGUGCUCACAACAGCAUCGUAACAGCAAGAGCAGGAAAAGACCUUGUCUCAAGUCUUGUCUCAGGUCUAUUAACAAUUGGUCCUAGAUUUGGUGGUGCCAUUGAUGAUGCAGCACGAUACUUCAAGGACGCUUGUGACAGGAAUCUCACACCUUAUGAAUUCGUGGAAGGCAUGAAGAAGAAGGGAAUCCGUGUCCCUGGCAUUGGUCACAGGAUAAAGAGCAGAGACAACAGAGACAAAAGAGUGGAGCUGCUUCAGAAAUUUGCACGGUCGAACUUCCCUGCAGUUAAGUACAUGGAAUAUGCGGUCCAAGUAGAGACAUACACACUGUCUAAAGCCAACAACCUCGUAAUGAACGUCGAUGGAGCCAUUGGAUCUCUCUUCUUAGACCUUCUCGCUGGAAGUGGGAUGUUCACUAAGCAAGAGAUAGACGAAAUCGUUCAGAUCGGUUAUCUCAACGGCCUCUUCGUCCUCGCUCGAUCCAUUGGUUUAAUCGGGCACACAUUCGAUCAGAAGAGACUGAAGCAGCCACUGUACCGACACCCGUGGGAAGAUGUCUUGUACACCAAGUAAUCAUAUCAUCAUUCACUUCUUCCCAUCGUCUUAGUCUUCUUCGUAUUAUUAUUCUCUCCCAUUAAGUUAGGAUUUGUUUAAUUAUAUUUGUUCUGACAAUUUUCUGUUGUGAUCUCUCAAUACUUCUAAAAAUAAAAGAAAGUUCAAUUU